CACCCUGUUUUCACAUUUUACGGACCGGAGUGGAUGAGCUAUGGAAACUGUACUCUCUCCCUCACAUUCUCGCGCCAUAUCCAACCAUCCCAAGCUUCCCCUCUUCAGGGACCAAGCUAAAGCAAGUUCUUCAUCAAAUCAAAAGAUAUAUAAAUCUAGCAAUAAAUUUGUGGUUUAUUGUUGCAAAGCCUCAGAACCCAUAUUCCAAAAUGGGGUUUCCAGAAGGGAUACAGUUCUAUUUGGGCUUGCUACUACCAUUGCUACAAUGUUCCCAAUUGAAGGAUCAAGUGCUGAUGAAGAUCUUAAAGUGGCUCCAAUAGUUGAUGAAGAUCUUAAAAUGGCUCCUAUAGUUGAUGAGCUAAAUGCUUACUCAUUUCUGAUUCCAUUGGAAAUGCCUUCCAAGAAAUUUACCUUCAAAUGGGUGGAGUCAAGAAAACCCGAACGCUAUUCAUCUGCAGCACCUCUAUCCCCUAAUGCACGGCUACGGAUUGUAUCGGAACGUGUUGAUUUCAUCGACAACCUCAUCCUAUCUAUUACGAUAGGCCCCCCGAAUCCAACAUUCUUAAAGACAACCGACAAGAGUACAUGGACCGCAAAGGAUGUUGCUGAUUCCGUUUUAUCCGACAAGUCUGCCUUGAGAGUUACGUCAAGUCAACGCAUGGCGGAAAGUUCAGUACUUGAUGCUCACACUUCGGAAAUCGAUGGUGAACCGUAUUGGUACUAUGAAUACCUAGUUCGAAAAUCGCCUACAAAAACUGUGUCAGACUCGAAUAUCUUUCGGCAUUAUCUCGCUGCAUCUGUUGAACGUGAUGGAUUUUUGUACUCUUUAAACGCUUCGACACUCAACAAGCAAUGGGACAUGAUGGGGCCGGUACUGGAGAAAACUGUAGCUUCUUUUAGGCUUCUUCCGGCGACUGAAAGCUAUGUUCCACCAUACAAGGAUCCAUGGAGAUUCUGGUGAUGUGAGUGAAGUUUUGGCUGGUCAAUUGACCCUUGAAACUGUACAGACUACGAGUUUGAAUCUGUACACCUAGUUCAAGAGGGAGGUUCAAAUGAUUAUUAUUAGGUCAAUGAGAUGAUUUGUGCAAGUUAAUAGUUGUCACAUAAUCAAUUCAAAUUAUGUUUUUUUUUUAUUUUUAUUUUUUUUAAUUAUCAGGAUACAUGUAAACUGCUAAGGUCUAUUGAAGUGAGAAGUUUGUUACCGAACAACAAUUGAAUUGCGGUUGUGGUUUCUUUUUGAAGGAUGUAUAAACAGACUAGAUGUUAAUGUA